UUAGCAAAGCACGUAUGAACGGGAAGUGUUAAAAUAAUAAAAAACAUGAAAAUAAAACAAUAAACCAAUAGGCAGAUGUAGUUAAUCGGGUUUGAUAUAAGUUUACGUACCUUAAGAUGAUAUUUGAGACUGUCCUUCAAAACAUGUAAAGGUGCGCUCACUUGUGACGUAUAUUUUGUCCAAACUUUAUGAGAAAAAUGUUUCUGAUUUAUCCCUAAACAGUGUGAGAAAUUUAGUGCCGUAAUGUUUCGAAGUCGUAGUUGGUUCGGAGGUGGCUGGGGUCGACCCAAAAAUCCUCAUUCAUUAGAAAGAUUAAAAUAUUUGCACAACAUACUUUGCAAAAACACAACUGUGUCUGAAAAUAAUCGAGGUAUCUUAGUGGAAUCUUUAAGGUGCAUAGCAGAAAUCUUAAUAUGGGGUGAUCAAAACGACAGCUCCGUUUUUGAUUUUUUCUUAGAAAAAAAUAUGUUAUCAUAUUUUUUGAAGAUUAUGAGACAAAAAUGUGGUGGCUCCUCAUAUGUUUGUGUGCAGUUGUUACAAACUCUCAACAUACUCUUUGAAAAUAUAAGAAAUGAAACAUCACUAUAUUAUUUAUUAAGUAACAAUCAUGUUAACUCAAUAAUAGUUCAUAAGUUUGACAUCUCCGAUGAAGAAGUGAUGGCGUAUUAUAUAUCAUUCCUCAAGACUCUGAGCCUUAAAUUGAAUAAUCACACUAUCCACUUCUUCUAUAAUGAGCAUACAAAGGACUUUCCUCUUUACACAGAGGCUAUAAAAUUUUUCAAUCAUCCAGAAUCUAUGGUUAGAAUCGCAGUACGUACAUUGACUCUUAAUGUCUACAGAGUACAAGAUGCGAGUAUGCUGCGUUUCAUCAGGGAUAGAACUGCAGCUCCAUACUUCAGUAACCUUGUAUGGUUUAUCGGCAAACACAUACUGGAACUAGACGCGUGUGUCAGAAACGAUGCUGACCAUCAGUCACAACAGAAACUUGCCGAUUUAGUGGCCGAACAUUUGGACCACCUACACUACAUUAACGAUAUCCUAUGUCUAAACAUUCCAGACCUCAAUGACGUAUUAACUGAACAUCUCUUGCACAAGCUCCUGAUUCCUUUAUAUAUUUAUUCCCUAACAUCCGAAUCUACGAAACGUCCCGUUACAUCCUCUCCUUACAACAGAGACCAUUUGCAAAGCAUCGAAGUCAUUACGAGGAAUUUGGAAGCGAUAUUAACAGGGAAAAGUUCAGAUACGCCUCCGAGACUGAACUAUCCAAUGCAAAGACACGAAUCCGAAGAGGAAACAAAGCCAUCCGUGUCAUCCGUAGUCGCUCUUUUUCUACUGUCGCAAGUGUUCUUAAUAAUAACCCACGGACCAAUAGUCCACGCUCUCGCUUGGAUAAUAUUACAAUCCAACUUAUCAGUAUUCGAAGAGGGCGCCACUAAGAUAUUGGACGUGUAUGUAAGUCAUGCAAAGUCGAGUGUCAAAUUAGAGUUCUCGAAGCCGCAAUUGAGUUUGGAAAAGGCUUUGGAAAACACAUCGUGCUCUGAAAGAGAUUACACGACUCCAGAAUUUGCUGGUGCUAAAUCGUUUGGAUAUGAUACUGACCAUUCGAGCUGUGAUCUCGAUCCUGAGUUGGUAUCGAAUUCACUCCCGUCCACUUCUCAUAUAAGCGAAACAUCGAGCAUCGCUCACGAUUCCACCGAAGAUUUGGUGACCCAAAUUCAAACGGUCAAAUCUGGUAGUUCAGUGACCCUUGUUAAAGAAAAUAUGCCGGAUUCUCCUCUCCCUGAUUCUGGUAUUGAAUCGACUUCCUCAAAGGCUGUGUCGGAUUUUAAUAAUAUAACCGAUGAAGAAAAACAAAAGUUGUUAGGCGUAAAAACUACUAGUACUGCUGAGCGCGUUACAACUGUAGAAAAUGUCUUAGAAAGAGAAGCGAAGAACAUAGACAAAAGACCGUUUUUAAAAACAAUAUUGGAUUCCUUGGACUGUAGUGAAAACGAUUAUAAAGCGCUUUUUGCGCUGUGUUUGCUUUAUGCUUUAAUAAAUAAUAAAGUGGGUGUUAAUCCAGAACUACUGGAUACAUUGCUGUACCCCGAUAUAGAUGAUGUUAGUAAAUCAAAUGUACCCACAAAUUCCAAUACAAAACAAGAAUCUACGUCAAGUGACAAUACGGAAGAGUGUAAUCAGUCUGAGCAGAGGAUGAUUGACAGUUUCAACGCGCUUUUCAUUUCGAAACUUAUGGUUAUAGCGAACUUGAGUUGCAAGCCUGCAUCUAAAGUACGGCUCGUAACGUGCGAGUUAACUGUUCGUCUGCUGCGUACCGCUAUGCAGGGCAGUACUGGUGUUGCCAGCUCGAGGCAUAUUUCCACUGCAGAUAAUUUACGAGGAAGAGCCGCAGCGUUAGCGCGUAACUUUUACAAGUGUGACGACAUAUUCCUGGAUAUGUUUGAAGAUGAAUAUUGCGAGAUGAGUAAACGUCCUCUGAACGUGGAAUGGCUGUGUAUGGACGCAGCUAUACUCUUACCACCCACGCGCACGCCAAUGUCUGGGAUUGCAUUCGAAAAGCGAUUACCCAGUGGAGAGAUGGAAAGAGCCCGUCGUGCUAUAAGGACGUUCUUCCUCAUAAGAGAUCUAUACUUGAAACUGACUGGGAAGACAGAAACUCAACUGCCUCUAGCGAACCCCGCCCCUUUCGUGCCUGUUGGAGACACUUUGGAUCUCAAUGAUUCGGAUCUUAUCUCUUGCGAUAUAACACAGAAAGAUGGAACAUGGCAUCAUAGGUUCCUCGCCGUUGAUAAUAUUCAAGUGAUCCUCGUUGAGCCGGAUAAGCAGAGGCUGGGGUGGGGCGUUGCAAAGCUUGUCGGCAGCUUGCAGGAUUUAGAGAUACAAGGCGAUAAAGAAGAUCCACGAUGUUUACACUUAACAAUACACAAACCGCGCAUCGGGGCGCACGGGGCUCUGCCCCGUACGGUGCUUCUGAGAGCCAAGUUCAAAUUCGAUGACCACAUUCGAAGUAUGGCAGCAAAACAAAGACUGACUAAGGGCCGGACGAAGUCCCGGCAGAAGAAGAUGCAGCAGAUCGGGCGCCUGCUCGAGGUGAGCGGCGUGUCGGCGCCCGCGCCCGCGCCGCGACACCGCCCGCUGUUCGCGCGGCCCGCGCUCGCCGCGCGCCGACACUCGGGUCUAGACGGGGACGACACCGAGCGUCGCUUGCGCCGCCCGAGCGGACACGUGCUCAAGGACGGGAUCGUGGUGUAUCGCGAGCGGACCACUAGCAGAGAGAGUAGCGUAUCGCGAACCAGCAGCGCACACGCCUCUAGAGAGGGCUCGCCUCGGGCGCGCUCGGAGGAAAUUCCGCUCGAAGAUAUCAGGAAAGUUUCUGGGUUGGCGGCCGCCAUACCUUCCACUAGCUCACAACAGAGUACACCCAGCACGUCACAGCACCCGAAGCUAACGAGUACGUCUUCAGAGGAAACGUCGUUCAUAUCAAGCGAACCGCGCUUUAAACGGAAAGGAAUCGUCGAAACCAUUUGAUAUUAGUCCAAUCCUUGACAAGUGAAACUUGAUUUGGUUAAAAUCCCAUUUUAAAUUGGUUUCCGAGGCUAGUGAUGUAACAACAUUAUUUAAUACACAUUUCUCUUGUGAUUUUUCUAUUUAUAUUUAAAGUAGAUUUGUUUUAACAGGUAUCAGAAGUGAUAAUUUAUUGAUUUUUAAUAAUAUUUAAUAUUCUUUAGUGGGAUAUAGAGGAACAGUUAUAGAGCAAUAUAAUGGUCCGACAACACUUUACGUUUCUUUUGCACAGUCAAGUUGAUCGAUAACACAGCACCGCUUAAAGAUAUAGUUUUAAUUCUUGGUAUUUAUUUGUGUGGGAACGAAAUGAUAAUAAGUUAUAAAAUGUUAUGUAAAGAAACAUUGUAGGUCGUGUUUGAUUUGCACAGGUAAACGUUUUAUCGUCCGCAAACAAGCGCUUAACUGCGCAAACUUAAAACAGAAAGGACGACGUAGUAACUUGCGUGAAUCCGCGCGGAGCGGCUAGUAUGUUAUCAUAGAUAAUUCUUACAUAAAAACCUGUCUCUUAUAGAUAAAUGCGAGUGAUCAUUUUUAUAUUUAAAACAUGGUCAUAAUUAAACACUUAUUCUAGUUCAAUUGAUUUGUAAAAUAGCGUUUAUCUUGAUCAAAAUAAAUCAUACAUUAUCAAAAUCAAAAUAUACUUUAUUCAAGUAGGCUUUUACGAGCACUUUUGAAUCGUCAUUUAACAAACUAUAUU